AUGACACCAAGCUCUGGUAGAUCCUUUGACGCCCGUGACAACUCAAGUUCGAGGUCCUCGGCUCAUAACCUGGCCAUUGGCACGGAUCGUAGCUACAACCUGACACAGACGGAUAUGACGCUUGAGGGGUUGGCGGAGCGGUGGAAUGCUUACCAAAACUGGUGGGCUAAACAGUACAAGGAGCAACCAUUUUAUCGCAUCUGGACACGGUCAAAAUGGAUCCUGUUGUUUUCGGCUGUUUUGUUGCUUGGAUACUCUGCAGCUCUCUUUGCCGUCUGUCUUGGCUACAUGCUUGGCCACUUUGAAUACUCGACGGUGGUCAUGGAAUUUCACAGCAAUCUCAUCUACUUGGCAUUGGGAGGCUCGAUAAUAGGAAUUCUCACCGCAAUCGUGGGGCUGAUCGGGAUCUUCAAGGAGAACAGGAUAUGGCUGUCAUGGUACACGAUAGUACUCUGGCCAGUCUUUGCAAUCUACAUCUCGGUCGGGUACAUUGCCUUCCGUCGGGCCAAGAACCAUCUCCGUGUACACUUGAAGGAUGAGUGGAUUCAUUCUUAUUCGAGAGAGCAGCGUCUUCUUGUCCAGCGCCAGCUAAAGUGCUGUGGAUUCCAGGACUCGCUGACUUAUGGAGAAUACGACUUGCGCUGCUUCCCCAUGAUCAACCUCCCAGGUUGCCUGCACAAGUACAACCUCUACGAGGAUAAUGUCCUUACAAUGGCGUGGACUAUUAGUUUCAGCAUUGCCCCUGUCCAGCUGUUUGUCAUGAUUGCAGCACUUAUGUGCUCUAAUCAUGUCGAUGGCAUGCUCCGGUCUGGACGGCCUGGAAUUAAGAGCUUCAAGGAGCAGUAG